AACCAACUCUAGAUGUGUUUAGAUUUUGACUGAAAAUCAAAGGUCAAAGGUCAAGGUCACAAAAAUAAAUGUAAAAACAUCAUUAAAAACAACCCCAUCAUUAACAUGGGGCAAAGUGUAAAAAAUUCAUAUUUCCAGUUCAAGUUAUAAAAAUCAUUUGACGUGUGACACAUAAGGUUGUGAUGUCGAUCACCGGACCAAGUUUCAUCCAGAUCUGAUGAUAGUAGAUUUAACAGCAGUAACAGUCAGCACCAAUGGUGCACAUGAGGGUGUUGGGUUCAGCUUUCUGCUGUCAUUUACUGUAAAGCUUGUUUUCACUGAAUAAUACAAAAGCGAGACAUUAAAUCGCAAUCACAAGUCGUUCAGCCCUACCUAAAAAAAUCUGCAGUGCUGAAGUAUUUGUACUUUGUUACUUCCUGCCUCUGGUUUGUUGUGGAUGCAGAAAUGCAUGACUACAUAUCACUAAAGGUGAAAGAGUGAAGGGAAGUUUAGAAGUUCAGUCCAGAAACACUCAUCUACAGAACAGCUCUUACUGCCUAGAAAGUGCCAAAGAUGAAUGUGGACAUUUGGCGUGUGCACAUUGAAGGCCACUGUAUGACAGACUGACCUGCUGGCUGUCAUCCAAACACAUAGGACUCCUUUCUAGUCAGACUAGGACAAAAGAACCGCCUGUGGGGUAAUUAUCAGCUGACACGUGAUCUGUGCACUCAAGCCGGGGUCGACACGACACAGAUCGGAAACAUAACCAGCGCCGAGACUUCAACCUGAUGUGUGCUCUUGAAUAGAGCUUACAUUUUGGUUUGUAUUUACACAGAUUUAAAAAAAAUGGUCAGGAUUAUAAGUUAUCAUCAAAACAGUAAUAUUGAUUGUGCAGUUUGCUCCCCACUGUUGAGGUGUGCUGUAGCCUGAGGCUGUGAACAGAUGGCUUGUGUUUCCAUGUUAUGCGCAUGCUGAAUUGGGUGAACACACUGACACGUGUGUGGAGUCUGUAACAGCUGUCUAAAUACUUAAUGCUGGCAGUUCACUGUUAAACCUCGGGCAUGGCAGGCAUCUCGUUUUUAACAGCUGAGAGGGUCCAAAUAAAACUCCCAGUCCUCAGCUGUGUGAGCGUCCCUGUGGCCUCCUCACCAAAUCAAUAUCAUACAGCAGGCGCCGAUACCCGAGGAUAGGAAAUUGGAAUCAAAGUGGUAGUCAUGGAAACAACCCAGGUCUGUUUCCACCCAUCAAUCAACAAAGUUCUGUGUGUGUGUGGUGGGCUGGAUGUGACGAGGAGAACCCCUGUCCCACAUUCAGGCCCAGACCCCUUCGUCCUCCACAGCUGGACAGACAGAGACAGACAAAGGAAUACAAGAUGGUGAAGCAAAUGGUUUGGAUCCAUGUUGGGAGGCUAGUGGCUCUCUGCCUCCAGCUGGGGGCUGCUGCUGCAGUUGACCAAGAUGGAGGUAGCAACAGAGGGUACGCCAUCAGCCACACUCUGGCCCUGGUGCAACGUCUGGAGGCCCUGCUGGUUCAGGGAAGUGGCAGCGAUGUGUCACUGAGAGUGGAGACACCCAAUGCAGACGAGGUGAAGGUGAUCCAGGCUCACUCUCUGGUGCUCUCCCUGCAGAGCCCCGUGUUUGAGGAGAUGCUGCUGAGCCUCAACAGCAGCAUGCUGGUCCUGAAAGAGAGUUCUGACUGUGCUGCCGUGUUUGAGAAAUUCAUCAGGUAUUUGUACUGUGGAGAAAUUUCUCUGUGUCUGGACCAGGCCACGCCUUUACACAAGUUGGCCACUAAGUACCAGCUUCUGGGUCUCCAACAGGACAUCACCCAGUACAUGACCCAGAAUCUGGCCCAGGACUCCCCCUCGGGCCAUGUGGCAGGCUGGUAUGAGUACGCCCUGCAGGCGGGGGACAUGACUCUGAGGGACAGCUGCCUUCAGUAUCUGGCUUGGAACCUGUCAUCAGUGCUGCAGAGCAGAGAGUGGGCGACCAUCAGCAGCCGGCUGCUCAUGACCCUGCUGCAGCGCUCAGACCUCAUCCUGCAGAGCGAGAUGGAGCUCUUUGCAGCACUGGAGGCCUGGAUUAUUCAGAAUGAGCCGGACAGUUUGACAGCAGAGAAUGCUCUCAGGGCUGUGCGCUAUGCUAUGAUUCCUCCACGAGAUCUCUUCCGCCUGCAGACCCAGUCGGCAGUGCUGGCUCGCUAUCAAGAGUCAGUACGUGACCUGCUCUAUAUGUCCUACCAAUUUCACUCAGCCCCACCACUGCACAUGGCCAAAUACUUUGAUGUGAACUGCAGCCUCUUCAUGCCCAGGAACUACCUCUCCCCUGUGUGGGGGUCACUCUGGCUCAUCAGCAACCCAACGCAAGAUGACCGCAGCACCAAUUUCCAGACCCAGCUGGGGCCCAGUGGCCACGACGCCAGCAAGUGGGUGACAUGGAACGCCUUGUUCUCACCUCGCUGGUUACCUCUCAGCAUGAGGUCCAUGUACAUGGAGAUGGGUGCUAUGCAGCCGACACCAGUGGAAGGCGGGCGUCCUCGAAUCAUCAUCACACCGGCCACUUCCAGUGCUGAUUUUGCUGGGGUGAGCUUCCAGAAGACGGUGCUUGUGAUGGCUCAGCAGCAGGGGAAGGUGGUGGUGAAACACGUCUACAAUUUCCACCAAAGCACUGAAGAAAAUGGGGACUUCUUGGCUGAGGCUGACCUGUACUGCCGAACGUCUGAAUACCUCAUCAACAGCUCCCUCUUCCUCCAUAUUGUGGUGAAGCCGCUCUACCAAACCCUGAUAACCACGAAGAACUGACCCUCCAGUCCCAUCCUUGAGCCAACUUACCUCACUGCCCACAGUCCAACCCUCUGACGCCACAUCUCAUAUCACAUCACAGGGACAAGGAUCUGCAGCCUCCUCAUAUGUAAUGUUUGGAUCACUGGCUUCAUAUUAGGCCACACCAGAGUUUGGUUCAUGCCAGUCUGAGAGUAUUUUGUAAAUCAUUGUAAAACAUGUCUCUGGUGCUAUUCCAUAAUUAACAAUCCCAUAAAAGUAUUUGAGACCAACAAUUAAUAGGUGCUCCUAAUAAGCAUUGUGUAUCUCACUGAGUAUUUUAUUCCUCUAGGCCACAGAGCUCCACUGUGUCCUCAGGUAUUACACCCCAUCAGCUUUAUGCACACACACUUUAUGAUUUACAAGUCAUUAAAAAUUUGCCUACUGGGCACCACACGUUCAUCCUCUUGAACUUCAGGUUUUCCAGGAGGCACAUUUUCACUUUUUACUUUAGAAAACCACUCGUAUAGGCGUUACCACUGCUCUAGAUGUCAGAAUGUCUUGCUGUCAGUUCAUUACUGUGAUUGCAGUCAGUAGAUUAACUUUUGCAUUAACCAGUGUUACCUGAUAAUAAACAUUUUUACUACAGUUUGAAAGCAGAACUAAAAAUUGUCCCAAGUGAUCUCAUGGUUUUACUCCCAGAUGUAAAAGUAAUUAGCUAUAUAUUAUGUAUAUGGGUCUUUUACUUAGUAGUUUGUCUUAGAAGGUUUAUCAUCUGUACACAUGACACGCUUUAUCCUUAGAACCAUCAACUCAUGGAAAAGUAAGAAAAAAUUACAUCCAACAAAACCUUUAGCAACAAAUGUUUUAGUGCAGACAGAACAGUAAAAUCACAACAUGGAGAAACAGGAUGACUAAGAACUAAAAGUAGCAGCACCACCAUGCAAACACAAGCAAAUAUAUACUAAGCAUUGUCAGGAAUGCAUACACAAGUAUCCUUUAUAUGUGAUAACACUGUACUGAACUAAAAUACA